AUGCCGUGGAAGCCACGCCACUGUGCAGAAUUGGGGGGGAAAGCGUGGAAAAGAGAUGAACGUGGUAGUGUACAAUGUACAUGUGCAUGUACAGUAUAUACCCCGAAAAUAGAAAAAGAUCUCUGGGGGUCAAGUCCUGUUAUUCCGUAUAAUGACAUUAAUGCUCGCUUUAACCUUGACAAAAAGCUGACAAACAAGCACAUAUAUAUAAGUCAGCUAGCUAGCUGGCUAGCUGCUAGGGAUGAAGAUCUCUCUGUGCAGAAGAUAACUGCGUUGACAAGAACUUUCCCUAGAUAG